AUCAAGCUGAUUGGCUGUGAAUUGUCGCCCGAAAUCAUGUUACAUGCAUGCAGGGCUAUUCAGUACAUCAUGGAAAUCAUCCCGCAGUCUUCAUCUGCGGUUGUACAGUUUGGGAGCAUCCCUCCUCUAUGUUCCAAACUCAAAUCCAUCGAAUAUAUCGAUGUUGCUGAACAGGCAUUGCUCACCUUACACAAGAUAUCAAAGGAUCAUGCAGUGCAUUUGUUACGAGCUGAGGGUGUUUCUGCGGUUCUGUCAUUUCUAGAUUUCUUCCCUAUCACUGUUCAGCGAACUGGGAUGACGACAGUUGCCAACAUGUGUCGA